GGGGGGGGGGGGGGGGGGGAAGGUAUAGGGAAGGAUUCGGAAGUAACUCGAGUCAACAACCGUCCAGAGGUAAGGUUGUCGAUGGCUACCGCUUUCGAGCCAUGUUUUGUGCGCAGUGGUCAGGCUUCUAACAACACCGAAUUUAUCUACAAUAUUGCCAUUAUCGUUUUUUGUUGUAUAUGUCUGGUUAUAUCAAUAGCGUGUUAUGGUGUACUGAUACGAAUAAUUUCCGGAAUUAUUAAAGCGGAUGCUUCAGUUAGUUUGCAGUUUCAGUUGCUAAAACGCAACAAGUAUGUGAUUGUAAUUGGCAGUGUUCUGGUUAUUUAUACUGUUUAUCUUAUUUCAUAUUCAGCUAUUAAAUUUCUAUUCGUCAGCAGCUCACGGCUGGGAAUUUCAAGAACUGGUAUGUACUAUGUACGUUGGGCUUUUCAAACAAUGAUGUGUUUACAUGCACUGCUCCAACCGCUCUGCUACUUCCGAAUGAGGGAAUUUCGAAACGUUUUCAAAAAGUGCGCUUAUUAUCCUGGAUUUUAUGCUUUCUUUUAA